GGAGAAAGGGAGAGAGAGAGGAGGACGGAGAAAGGGAGAGAGAACCAUCAUUGUACUACUGAACAUUGGUCAGAAUGGACACUUUACCGGGAGUACUGACAGUCUUGAUUUUAGCCUUUCACCUCAUUGUUGGAUCCUGAGGAUAAACAAAACAAGGGGCAAAUGAUCUGUACAGCUGCGGUGGGCACCACCAAUGUGGUUGGCUACUGGGGAGGAAGCGUGAGCGUCAAGUGUGAGUACGACACACAGUACAGCAACCGGCCCAAGUACUUCUGCCAGAGCCAACAGGGCAACUGCAACCAGAAGAUACAGACCAACAUCAAGAACAAGUGGGUCACCAACGGCCGAUACUCUCUGUUCGACAAUGGGACGCACUACUUCAUCGUGGAAAUCUCCGGACUGGCGCCGUCCGAUGCAGGGAGCUACAUGUGCGGUGUGACCGUGCGAGGAGGGCAAUCGGUGCAAACGGAGAUCGACUUGGAAGUGAAGAACGGGAUCAUCAUCAGUGGGUCGCCUCCAUUGAAGACGGUGUAUGUGGGGGAUGCCCUAAACAUCACGUGUCCAUAUCUGGACAUCCACACCCACGCGGCCAAGUACCUCUGCAAGGCCUACAGGAGAGUGGGCUGCGACUACAGGGUGUCCGCUCGGGCGGACAGGACCUGGGUACACUCGGAGAAGGUCUCUCUGUACGACGACAGAGAGGAGCGGGUCUUCACCGCCGUGCUGAACACGCUCAGGACGUUCGACCGCGGCUCUUACUGGUGUGGCGUGGAAACGAACUGGGAGCAUGGGGCAGAGGACGGGUACAAAGCUCUCAUCAGGGUGACGCAACUGACAGUGCUGGGUACACGGCCCACUACCACAGUAACCCUGCCGCCAGGAACACUACCACAUACCCCUGGACCCACAGUUCCCAUGACAACAUCCUCCUCACGUCCUCUACAAGUAACCACAGCGCCAUCUACUGCUCAGCCCAGAGGGCCAGUAACUGCUUUUACAAAACUCCUGCCACCAAGUACAAAGACAGCAACCACUCACCAUUCAACUACUCAGACUGAGGCAAGUACAAAGACAGCAAGCACUCACCAUUCAACUACUCAGACUGAGGGUAGGCGAUUUGAUAUACAUUAUUAUUAUAUUAAAUUGUUAUAUUGUAUAUAUAUUAUAUUUAAAUGAUUAUAUUGUUACAAAACUCCUGCCAGCAAUCACAAAGACAGCAACCACUCAACAUUCAACAACUCAACAAGGUCAAAGUUCACCCAUGUCAGACAGAACAUUCUUCAGCCCCCGUGUCCCCGUCAAAGAGAGCUCCUCGGGCCUGUGGCUCAUGGUUAUCUAUGCUAUGGUGGCGCUGCUUGGCCUGGUGAUUGUGUCCACAUUAGUUCUACUUGUCAUCACCCGUGCAAGGAGGGCCAAAGCAAGAGACUGUUCACCAUAUCUUGUCACCAUGGAGACCCUCUGGGAUUCUAAUCUGCUGUCUAACGAACUAGAACUCCAGCUGAAUCCAUUAGAUCCCAAUUCAUCUGAUCUCAGUCCUUCGGAUCUGGAACCAAUCAUCCAAUGACCAUAGAAGACCAUAGACCAUAGAUCAUGAAUAAUGGCCUGCUGUUUCGUUCAAAUGUAUGUUUUGUUAACCAGUCACAUUUCAACGUUUCAACUGUUUUAAAUGCACAGCGCUUUCAUUGAACCUAGGCAACUGCUAAUUCGAAUUAUCAAUGGUGUUUAGUUACAUUUUCUUUCUUAAUUAAUAUGCCUGUAACUCACCAAAUGGCAUCUUCAUCCAGGAGUCACAGUAAUCAUUAAUCCAUGUUUGAAGAUUGAAAAAUGACUUGAAAAAAUUGACUUGAAAACUGAAAAUGAUUUAGGAGUUUUCAAUGACUCUCUAAAGACCAUGAACGCCAAAUAUCCCUGCUUGUUCAUUUAUGGAAGAAGUUUUUUUUAGCAGUGAGUGAACUUCUUAAAUUCUUCAGAAUUCCUCACAGGUUACGCAAAGUCAAUGAGGAUCAUAUUGUCUAUCUAGUUUGCAGCUACUUGGAGUUUCUCUCUCUCUCCCUGAGCACUGAUCACCAAGAGAUGGUGUGUUUCUAUAAUUCACAUUUGAGAGUGUUUCUAAAAGUGAAGGACUGGUAUAAAGCUGACACUUUCAUUCAAAGCAACCUACAGACAACCUGUAUUUUGCUCUGUAUAUGCAUGUAGAAAUGUAAGUUUUCAGUAAAAGCCCAAAAUAAACAGUAUUUACUGUA